AUGAGAACCGGCCGCACACUGCCGGUGCUACGAGCUCUGGUGGUCAAGAACUGGACGGUCAAGAGACGACAUCCGUUCGCGACGUGGAGUGAAAUUCUCAAUCCGUUACUAUGCAUCUUGCUGUUCGUGGCACUUAAAAGGUUUGAGCCAGACUUGAUUAUCCCUGCAGGAUGGGCCACAAGCGAUGUUAACGAGUCAUCUUCUACCUACGGAUCUACUUGGAAUCUCUACGCCAUGACAGAUAUGGAGUCCGUUUUAAAUGAAGGUUUGAGCAGUGCAGGAAUCGUCGUACCGGACGAUUCAAAUAGUGCAAGCGGCAGCAACAACUCGUCGGGUGGAACAUUUUCGGCUGCAUCAUUGCUAGAGACGCUCAGUAGCAGUCUCCAGAUUCCAAGAUUUUACUUCACUGAAACGACGAUGCCUGGAUUACUACUGAGUUUAUCGCUGCAAGCUCUCAUGGAAGGCAACAACCUCGCCGAACUAGGAGAAGACGGACUCACGGAUUGUGCUCUAAAGUUCCUGCUGUUUGGUUACACCGGAGCUGAGCGCACAACUUAUCAUGUUCCCAAUGCAUGUAAGGGCAGAGUUGUGCCAUACAAGAUUGCGAUAACCCCCGAUACGCCAUAUACACGAGAAUACUUCGCUGCUGCAUUAGAAACGUGGUACCCACGCAUCGCUCUUGCUCCACCCGUGAGGAGUAUUUCGCUCUUGACAAUCCCAAGUUUUGCUGAUUCGCACAUAUUUUUCGACAAUGAAACAGCGCUGGAGACGUAUGUGACCAGUGAAGAAUAUGGCACAGAAGUACGGCACCCAAAAAUCUACGCAGCCAUCGCUUUUGAGGAAUUUCCGCACGACAUUUCUACUUUUGGUGACUUGGAAGGAUAUUCGAUUGCAUAUUCGUUGCGAUUUAACUCGACUGGAAGUGCUUCUGCAGUACCAAAGACCAAGAAGCCGAGACCCAACACCAUUUCAAAAUUUGUACCCGCGGAAAACACUAUGAAGUAUGCAACUCGAGGCUUUAUGACGCUCCAGACCCUAGUGGCACGCUUUCUCAACUGCAUGCCAAUGUGGGAUGUACAGUCCGAGACAACAAAUGGAACGUGUCAAAUCGAUCAGGCUGUGAUGGCUGCAAGUGCACAGAAUGAUCGUCGGCUGCUCGAGCAACUCGAAAAAGAUAUGAUCAUUGGUACGGCCUUCACUUUGCUGAACUCGGUCAAGGAUCUGAUUACCAAUAUCGCAUCGGUGACUCUCCCGAAUGUCUCUGUGGAUACGAUUCCGCCAUUAAGUGUGGAAAAACUGCUAAUACCAUUGCGAAUGGCUCCUCAAUCGUACCAUGGCGCAGGGGUCUACGGAACUCCAACGCAGUCAUUUCGGUACGCUCCAUUUUUUGACAAGAUCGCCGUAGUGUUUCCCAUAGGCUUCGUUCUCUCCUAUCUGUAUCUCGUGUCGCGUGUUAUCGUGUCGUUUCUCAUCGAGAAAGAAACGAGAUCUCGAGAACUCAUGCGGAUUCUUGGAGCGAAGGAUACGGAGCUGUUUGCUGGCUGGAUGUUUGCAUAUCUUCCAAUCUUACUACUUGGGGCAAUGCUGCAAACAUUUGGAGCUCAUGGUCUAUUGUUCCCCAAUUCAGAUACAACACUGCUCUUCGUUUUUUUCUUCACUUUUGCUACUAGCAGCUUCAGUUAUGGCUUCAUGAUCAGUAGUCUCUUUUCAAGAGCACGAGCGGGAUCAUUGGCGGGUAUGGGUCUGUUCUUCAUCAUGUUUUUCUUAUCCUACAGCUUCAGCGACGAUACCAGCGAAGCCAGUCGAACAUGCGCAGCGCUAUUGCCACCAAUUUCACUAUCACAAGGCAUCGGAGUGAUUGCGAAGCUCGAAUCCUUUGGAGUAGGGGUGAACCAUGAUAAUACCAGCGAAGAAGUCAACAAUUUUCGAUUUGCGAAUGCAAUUGGGAUGCAGAUUCUCGACACUGUGCUCUACAUUCUACUUGGAAAAUAUUUCGAGAAAGUAGUUCCACAGGAGUUUGGAGUGGCGGAGAAAUGGUAUUUCUUCUUGACAAAAGGGUAUUGGUGUCCUCAAGCUUCCAAAUUAGUGUCUGCUGAAGAGAUAGGAGACUUACCGGCAACGAAUAAUGACACGGUGGAAGCUGUUCGACAAGAAUUGGAGACUCAGGAAAGGAAUGGGCGUGCAGUGGUCAUAUCUGGAUUGCGAAAGGAAUUUUCGGUGCCUGGAGGUAAGAAAAUCGCAGUGCACGGGCUCGAUUUGAAGCUGUACGAGGGUCAAAUCACCUGUCUAUUGGGCCAUAAUGGAGCGGGGAAAACGACGGUAAUGUCUAUGCUUACUGGAAUGACGAGACCAUCCAGUGGAAAUGCCUGGGUCCGUGGUCAUUCUGUUGUCACUGAUAUGCGUAGAAUACGCCGCUCUCUUGGUUAUUGUCCGCAACACAGCGUACUUUACCCGGAUCUGACCGUGAAGGAGCAUUUGACAUUUUACGGUCGUUUGAAGGGCUUUACGAAUUCAACAGAACUUGCUGCGGAAAUCAACAAGAAGAUUAACGAAGUGGGUCUAGCAGAUAAGACCAACGUUCUAUCACACGCGCUGUCCGGUGGAAUGCAACGAAAACUGUCCCUUGCCAUCGCUUUUCUCGGUGAUAGUACCGUUGUUUUUCUCGAUGAACCGACAGCAGGCAUGGAUCCUUACAGUCGUCGAAGUACAUGGGAGGUUAUACAGCGCAAUCGCGCAGGACGCGUGGUUAUCUUGACAACCCAUUUCAUGGAUGAGGCCGACAUUCUUGGGGAUCGGAUCGCUAUUAUGGCGGAGGGAAAGUUGCAAUGCGUUGGCUCUUCGUUGUUUCUAAAGAAGCGGUUUGGAGUGGGCUAUCGACUCAGCUUUGUGCGACAGAGUGAUAAUGGUGUACCUUCGCACUCGAUCGCAUCGUUAAUUCAACAGCAUGUGCCUCAAGCGAUCAUCGCGUCGGAUAUUGGCACGGAGUUAACCUUUCAAUUACCCUUUGAAGCAUCUGCUGGCUUUCCGGCGUUGUUUCGUGAGCUGGAGUCGCGUCAGGCUGAGCUUAGUAUUGUUUCUUUCGCCAUCUCAGUCACCACGCUCGAAGAAAUAUUUCUGAAAGUGGCUGAGAGCGGGAGUGCUGAGGUACUAGCCAAAGAAAAUCGAGAAGAUGCGAAAAUGGACGGUAAGGUGUCCAUUAUUGUUCAACCCCGUGAAGCAGCGAUGGCCAUGAAAGACCCAGUAGAGGGUGAUCAUACUGACUUGCAGCAUUCCGAGUUUGCGUCUACGCGAGCAGUCCGGACAUUUUCGAACCAGAUGAAGGCUUUGCUUCGUAAACGGGUGCAAUGCGGUAGGCGUGAUUUCAACAUGUUAUUUUUCAGCACGAUUCUUCCGAUUGCUGCUAUCUUCGUCGGUCUUUCGGCAUUGAAAUUCUCUGUGGUAUUACUGAAUGACCCGAAGUUAGAGCUAUCUCCAACCGUGCAGUAUUCACUUGCCCUGCAAACUCCAGUUCCGUUUGGCUGCCCUGGCAACCUUGAUCUGAAUAAUGGUGGGAAUACUGCAUGGUGUUCUGAACUGGUUGAACCAACAUACUUUUCGGAAGGUGAUACAUACGAACUUGAGAUGGACACGACUGUGUAUAGCGCAUUAACUACACCAACAGUAUUCGGGGUCACGUACGACUCACCUGCUAUCGAGGCAAAUGACACAACCGGCUACAAUCUUCGCCUUGCGGAGUUGAUCUUUGGAAAGGGCUACGGAUAUGACUCCGAUGCCAAUAUGACCGCUUUGCCAUCACGGGCUGGCGUUAAAGGGCAGUUUGGUGGCUACUUGUUACAUGCUUCCGAAACUACGAACACUUUGAGCUACAACAUUCUUGCCAAUGGUUCCUCUACUCACGCCGCACCGACGUAUAAGCAUAUGAUUGACAGUGCUAUCCAUCGAUUCUUGCUGUCCAAGGCGUCGAGCGGGUCGAAAUCCAACGUGACCAUACGUGUAUCUUCACACCCGCUACCUCUUUCUUUCAAGACACGUUCAAUCUUUAGCUCAUAUCUGAGUUUCCCUGCUGUGAUUUUCAUCGUAAUCGCCUUCACUUUCAUACCAGCCUCAAUGAUGCCUUACAUUGUCAAGGAGAAGCAUCUGGAGCAGAACGCCAAGUACCAACAACUACUUUCUGGAAUGUCAUUUUUUGCGUACUGGUUGUCGAAUUUCAUCUUCGACAUGGCUUUAUAUCUCGUGCCGAUGGUCGCGACGCUUUUGCUUCUUCGUUCGUAUGGCGUUACGAAGUCCCUCAGUAGCGGAGACACUUGUGACUCGUGCACUCGAGACGUGCCAGCCGCCAUGGUUACACUCUUCGUAUUAUUUGGCACUGCCAUUGCUCCGUGGACGUACUUGUUAUCUCAUGUCAUGGAGAAGCCAAGCGAGUGCUUACUCUAUACAGUUAUGAUCAACUUCUUUCUGGGUCUUCUGCUGCUACUUCUAAGCUUCACGAUGAACUCACUGGACUCGACCCGACCAGCGAACGAAGUUCUGGUUUACAUUUGGCGUUGCUCGCCUCUGUUUGCCUUUGGAAAUGGAUUUCUCAACGUCCUGAUGGCAGAUUUAUUAGCACUGUUCGGCCUCACUAGCUCACCACGCAGUGCGUUUGAUGCUGAUGUGGCUGGAACUGACAUUUGGUAUUUGCUGAUCGAAUGUCCGGUGUUUCUUCUCCUUGCCGUAGGGAUUGAUGCUGUUAAAGCUGGAACCGUACGCUGGCGUAUCGUUCAGUUCAUGGAUAAGAUCAAUACCGCACGACGCAUGUACACGCGUGUGCCAUGUACCAGUACCAGGCUCCAUAUUCAGCAGAAAUUCACCGGAGACAGGGUGAUUGCCAGUGAGAACAUCGAUCCAGACGUGGCUGCAGAGGCUCGACGAGUACAGGAGAGCUAUAGGUCGCUUGCUGCCAACUCUGAAGUCGUCCAGAUCUUCGAGCUUGAGAAGGUUUAUCCGAACGGAAAAAAGGCUGUGAAGUGCCUCUCAUUUGGACUGCAGCAAGGCGAAUGUUACGGGUUCCUUGGAGUGAAUGGUGCUGGCAAAACGACAACUAUAAAAGUUCUCACAGGCGACUUACUACCGACAUCGGGCACUGCAAUGAUCAACGGCUUUGACAUCUGCAAGGAACGAAGCAAAGCCCGCGAUUCGAUCGGCUAUUGUCCCCAAUUUGACGCUCUGAUUGAUCUACUAACAGUCCGUGAACAUCUUGAGCUAUUUGGUCGAUUCAAAGGUUUCGAUACCAACGACAGACUCAAGAUGGAAGUGGAUCGCUUACUCAACAAGCUUCAGAUCCAAAGCUUCGCCAAUAAACUUGCAGGUAGUUUGAGUGGUGGCAACAAGCGCAAAUUGUCACUAGCGAUCGCGAUGAUAGGCGACCCAAGUGUUCUGGUGCUGGAUGAACCAUCAACUGGUGUUGAUCCAUUCUCACGUCGAUUACUAUGGGACGUUAUCUUGGAGGCGUCGGUGAAAUCUAGGAAGUCCACUGUAAUGUUAACUACACAUUCCAUGGAGGAGUGCGAAGCUCUAUAUAGCAAGGCUGGGAUCAUGGUGGACGGUGCUCUGCGGUGCUUUGGUAGCAUCCCACACCUGAAAAAUCGAUUUGGGGACGGGUUCAUGUUGGAAUGUAAACUGGAUUUGCCUCCUCGACACGCUUACUCUGACUUGGUACAGCUUGUUUGUGAGCACCUUCAGACUCCUACUCUAAACGAUGGAAUCCAGAUCACAGCUCCACAGAUUGUUGGCGUAUGCUCAGCGCUCGGUAAUACAUCGUAUGCAGACCAUGCGAUUGCAAGCUUCUCCACACAGUUAAACCGAGGCAAUUGUGCUGUCGAUAUUGCAUCUUUUUGCAAUUGGUGGUUGUUGGAGGAUAGCGUGCAGCGUUUGGAUAAAUUUCUUCAUACUCGAUUCAACGGCGUCGCUCUCAUCGAACGUCAGGCGGAUUUCUGUCGGUACAAAGUGACUGCUCCAAGAAGUGAGGCCAUCGAUGCUUCAACGCAAAGUCAAGAGCCGAUAGCCGCUGUACUAUCGCGCAUGUUCGAGGUCGUGGAAGCCGCGAAAGGCCGACUGGGCAUCAAGGAGUACAGCCUCUCGCAGACCACAUUGGAGCAGAUCUUCAACUCCUUUGCUGGCCGUCGCGAACCUGACAAUAACUUUAAUCAGUAA